AAUCUCUUCUUCUCCAUUGGAGCUUUGCCAUAGCAGCCAUGGCAGUCACCCAUUUCUUCUUUUGUUCCUCUAUCCUCCUUUUAUCAUUGCUAGCUAUUGCUUCUGCCAGGGACUACGGCUAUGUCGCCCCCAAGCCGGAUAAUAGUUAUAGCUCAGUUCCCAAACCCGAAAAUAUCUAUAAUUCUAUACCAAAAACUGAUAUUGCAAAACCCGAAAAAGUCUACGGUCCUGAACCGAAAUCUGUUGAUGUCAAACCCGAAAAUGACUAUAGUUCUGAACCAAAAUCUGACACCGAAAAACCUGAAAAGGUCUAUAGUCCUGAAUCAAAGCCCGCUGAUGUCAAACCAGAAAAUGUCUACACUCCCGAAUCUAAACCUGCUGAUGUCAAACCUGAAAAUGCCUAUACUCCCGAACCUAAACCUGCUUAUGUCAAACCUGAACCUGUUUACACUCCCGAAUCAAAACCCGCCGAUGUCAAACCAGAAACUGUCUACACUCCUGAACCAAAACCUGCUGAUGUCUACGCGCCAGUACCAAAACCUGAUACUGUGAAAUCCAAAAAUGUCUACACUCCUGAACAAAAACCUGCUUAUGUCAAACCCGAAGAUGUGUAUACCCCUGUACCAAAACCUACUUAUGUGAAACCCGAAAAUGUCUACACUCCUGAACAAAAACCUGCUGAUGUAAAACCCAAAAAUGUUUACACUCCUGAACCAAAACCUGCCGAUGUUAAACCCGAAAAUGUCUACACUCCUGAACAAAAACCUGUAGAUGUCAAACCUGUAGAUGUCUACACUCCUGAACCAAAACUUGCCGAUGUCAAACCGGAAAAUGUUUACACUCCUACACCAAAAUCUACCGAUGUCAAACCCGAAAAUGUCUACACUCCUGCACCAAAACAUGCCGAUGUCAAACCCGAAAAUGUCUACACUCAAGAACCUAAACCCGUUGACGUGAAACCCGAAAAUGCAUACACUCCCGAACCUAAACCUGUUAAUGUCAAACCCGAAAAUACCUACACUCCUGAACCUAAACCUGCUUAUGUCAAACCUGAAGCUGUCUACACUCCCGAACCAAAACCCGCCGAUGUCAAACCUGAAACUGUCUACACUCCUGAACCGAAGCCUACUUAUGUCAAACCCGAAAAUGUCUAUACUCCUGAAUCAAAGCCUGCUGAUGUGAAACCUGAAAAUGUCUACACUCAUGAAUCUAAACCUGCUGAUGUCAAACCUGAAAAUACAUAUAAGCCCGAAACAAAACCUGCUUAUGUCAAACCUGAGAAAACCUACACUCCUGAACCAAAGCCUGCUUAUGUCAAACCCGAUGAAAAAUAUACUCCAAAAUCUGAAGUUGAACCCGAUACUGUCUAUCCCAAAUCAAAACCACAAGAAUAUAGCCCAAAACCUAAAUCAGAUACCACAAAACCCGACGUGACUUAUCCUAAUAAACCAAAUUCAGAUUAUGAAAAACCUGAAGAAAGCCCAAAGCCUAAAUCGUAUACUUCUGAAACCACCUAUCCUAAAUCAAAGCCUGAAGAAUAUAGUCCAGAAGACAAAUCAGAAACUGUAAAACCCGAUACUAAGUACUAUGAAGCAAAACCUGAAGAACCAAAGUUGACUAUUCCUAAACCAGAAACUGACAAAUUAAAUUAUGGUUAUCUUCCAAAACCUGAUCUUAAGAAACUUGAUUAUGGAUAUGUCCCAAAACCUAAAAUAGAUACUGUCAAACCAAGCUAUGGAUACAGUCCAAAGAUGGAAAAUCCUCUCCGAAUUGGCAUAGAAGGUCUUGUCAUGUGCAAAUCGGGUUCUACUUACCUUCCUCUUGCAGGUGCUGUGGCAAGAAUAACAUGUUCAGUCAUAGACGAGAGUGGGUACAAGACGACACCGUUUUCAUGCUUGACCGGUCCUACUGAUGCAAAGGGUUAUUUCUUCAAAGGAUUGUAUAAUAAUUUGAAGGUAGAAGACUGCACUGUCAAACUUGAAAAAUCUCCAUUAAAAUCUUGCAGUUUUGCUACAGAUGUUAACAAAGGAAUUUCUGGUGCUCCUUUUUCUUCUUACCGCAUCCUUUCCGAGAAGAAAAUGAAAUUAUAUUAUGUUGGUCCUUUUUUCUACACUUGUGAGACUAAACCAACCCCUACUACUGGUUAUUAGGGUUUGUUUUUUCAUUGAAUUUUGUUUUGUUUUAGAGUUUUUGGAAUCGAAAUUGAUUUGAUUCUAAUUGCUUUGUUUAUUUUAUUUUUAAUAAUUCUUUGUUUGUUGUUGGUUGUUCUUCUGUUGAAUUAUUUUCAUUUGUAAUUUCAUUCAUUAAGAGAUCUGUAAUUUUGAUCUGAUAUAAACAUGUGUAUUCUUUUAUGA